AUCGAUGUCGUCUCUUCUUCUUCUUCUUCUCCUCAGAGUCUGUGCUCGACGGCUAGCGUGCAGACGGUGAGAUCCGCCGACACCAAUGAAGUCCACAAACUCAUCUUCAGAGAGUCAGACAAUGACCGCAAGGUUGUCCUCCAGCUGGAAAAGAAGUUGUUUAACUACAUUAACCAGGACGUUUUCCGGGAAAACAAUGGAACGCUGCUCUUAGAGUUCGACAGAGAGCUGUCUGUGUUUAAGGAGCGUCUGCAUGAGAUGGACAUCUCGUUUCCUCCGAGUUAUCCGUACAGUGAAGACUCCAGUCAGGGAAAGCAGUACAUGAACACUCGAUGUCCCGCCUGGUGUGACCGGAUCCUCAUGUCCGCCUCGGCCAAAGACCUGCUCGUAAAGCCAGAGAAUGAGGAGAAAUCAAUAACAUACGACAACAUCGGACCCAACGUGUGUAUGGGGGACCACAAGCCGGUCUACUUGUACUUUCGGUUAAACACAGGGGCAGGUAAACCUCAUGCAAAUAAGCACAAGUGUUGUGCCGUGCAGUGAUGUGGAAAAUGGUGCCAAAGGUUGGAGAAGAUUUCAUGAAAAGCGUCCCUGUGAGAAGCUCCGACACGGGUGGAUGGACACACACACACACACACACACACACGACACACACUC